AUGGUACGCGCCCUCGUCUUGGAUCAUGCCCGCCAUGCGCACAAAUUCGUGGUCACAGCCUUCCUAACAGGUUCCCGAAUCCUCGGUCGAUCAUUCGUCGCAGCUUAUAAGCAGGCUCAGGCCGCCUCAGCGUACCAGCGAGCGCAAGCCAAGGCCGGCAACACAUCCGCUGGUGCCUCUCUCUCCUCUGGCAUGACUCUCGAUGAGGCAUGCAAGAUUCUCAACGUCAAGCCCCCGGCUGGUGGACAAGCCAAUGUUGAGGAGGUUCUCUCACGUUAUAAACGACUGUUUGACGCCAACGAUCCUCAAAAGGGUGGCAGUUUCUAUCUCCAGAGCAAGAUCGUAAGAGCAAAGGAGCGAUUCGAGCGAGAGAUCGGUCCUAUACGGGAGAAGAUGGAGCAGGAGGCUGAAAUCAAAGAGGGGUUCAAGCCCAAGGUCUACAAGGACUGA